UUUGAAUAAAUACUAAAAUAGUAAACUGAGACGUACAAAAUAUGAAAUUCGAGUUGUAUUUCUUUAUUUUGUAAACUUUAAAUUUUAUUGAAGUGUAAUUUUUGUAUAAAAUGUUUCUGCCACAAACACCUUAUUUUAUGUUUUAUUUUUAGUAACAACCAUAAGUCUUGUUUGAGGAAUCUUGGUACGGAUCACUGUAUGAUGCAACAUUUUUGAUUGUUUUGCACCUCCAGAGUACACUUUUAUUGAUCAUGAUCUACCAUUUUUGUAUACUCAACUUUAUGAUUCAGUUGAUCAACCUUAUUGAAGCAUCAGUUAUAGUUUUACCCCUCCACCAAGAAGAACGAUAUCUAAAUCAAGUCAAGACAGUUGUUAAUGCAAGUAUCGGUGGAAAUUUUGAUGAUGGGUAUUAUGUCUUAGUUAACAUAGGCUCACCUCCACAGAAAUUAGCCUUGUUGAUAGAUACAGGCAGCAGUAACUUGGCAGUAGCUGCUUCAUCAGCUUUACCUGUGAAGAGGUAUUUUCAUAUGAAUGAAUCUGAGUCAUUUCAUUUAACUGGAAAGUCAGUAAAAAUCAAGUAUGUACAAGGUCAGUGGUCGGGAACACUGGGCUCAGACCUGAUUUCUAUCCCCAACUCACCGUCCAUUACGACUCGGUGUAAUGUAGCUUGUAUUCUUUCAUCUGAAGAUGUUUUCUCGAAUGUUUCUAAUUGGCAGGGCUUGCUAGGACUUGCCUACUCUGCUGUGGCAAAGCCAGAUUCAUCCGUUACUCCAUAUUUUGAUGCUUUGGUUGCUGAUGGAAAAGUUGAAAAUAUAUUCUCUAUAGCCUUAUGUGAUAAGCCACAAAUACAAAAUGUAAAGCAGUCUCAAGGAAAGUUGGUGCUUGGUGGCAUAGAAAAUUCUCUUUAUACUGGAGAUAUCUUAUACACAAGAAUACACAAAGAAUGGUUUUAUGAAGUCAUCCUGACAAAUAUAACAGUUGGGUCCAAGAAAUGGGAAGGCCAUUGUAGUGAGUUGAAUAAUGACAAAACAAUAAUUGACACUGGAACAUCUGCACUUUAUCUUCCUGAAAAGGUUUUCACUUGGGUUAAACAAUCACUCCAUAAAACAGAUGAGUUAAAAAAUCAGCUGAAUGAAAGAUUCUGGAAAGGACAAGAAGAUGUUUGCAUACAAAAAGGAAGAUCUGUGAGUGAAUACUUCCACCAAAUAGAAAUGGUCUUUGGAGAGACAUUUAACAGCUCAGUGUCCUUGGUCAUUCCACCAGAGCUAUUUCUUUGGAAGACACCUCAAAUUGUACCUGAUAACGACUGUUACAAACUGGGGAUCGCUUCGUCAAAAGUUGGUACAAUCAUUGGUGCUGUAAUUUUGGAAGGUUUCUAUGUAAUAUAUGAUCGAGAAAAUAAAAGAAUAGGCUUUGCCAACUCUACCUGUACACAUACAACUGCAGCAGUCAUUAGAACCAUGAAUAUGCCUAAAGAUCCAAAAGAUUGUGCUCACAGUUAUGAGGAAGAAUCUGGGUCAUCACUUCUGGUUAUAGCAUACAUAUUGUCAACUUUGUGCAUUUUAUGUGCCAUUCCAUUGCUAGUGAUGCUGACACAGUGGAUUUGGCACCAUCUAAUCAAAAAACGUGGAGAUACUUCAGAAGCUAGCAGCCUUAUUGAUGAUUAAUUCUGUCCAUAGUAUGCAACAUUGUAACUGGUUAUUGUAUCACCAUCUUUUUUCAUAAGUGAUUUGACAAUGAUAAUUUUAUAAGCAUUGUUACAGGUUUAUAAUAUUUAAUACAUUAUUUGCCAAUUAUUUUGAAGCAAUUUGUUUGGUAACUGUUUACAAUGUCCAUACUUUAAAAAUAAUUUUAUAAUAAGUAAAUGGCUAAGUGCUCUUUAGAUACCCCUUUUUAAUAGCUAAUAUUCUUAGUAUUUGCAUAUAUUUGUUUUCAUAGUUACUAUACAAUCUACUUAUAAAUCACAUUCUUCAUAAUGUCACACAACUAUCAUCAUAAUUAUUGAUAUUGGUUUUUGAUCAAUAUCCUUCAAGUUGAUUCUGAGCUUUUACAUUAUUAUAGUGCUUUACCAAAACUUGCAUUUUCUCAUUUGCUUGUUCUUUCUGAAUGAAAACUAGUUUGUACAAAGUAUGAUUAACUUAAAUUAGAUUGUUAGUUACUAUGCAAGCUUGUUAAAAAUAUAUAUUAGUGAUUAAUAAGAGUUUUGUGUGAGGUGGUUUUUGGCUAAAGCAAAGCGUCUCUCAGGAAAAUUGCAGUGGUAAAUAUUUUAGCAAAAAAGUGUGCAUGUGAAUAGGUUAAAGAGAGAACCCUAGUUAGAACCUCAACCUACAGAUGACACCAACAAAAAGUCAGUCUUCCAAAAAUAUGCAACAGUAGCAGAUAGUCUGAAAGAAAAACAUACUUUUAAUGAAUUUGUGGCAAUAUUGGAAAAAAACAUUGAUUUAUCUUGAAAUUCAAGAAAGGUUAAAUAAUUAGAAUAAAGUUGCUAGUUUACUCUUGUAAUCUGUAAUAUAGUGGGACAAAAGAUAAUAGUAUUUUUAGUGAUGAAACUAUGCUAUCAAGCACGAUACAUGCAACUGGAAACUAAGUAAGUUGAGCCUAGUCUGUAAGCGUGCUUCAUUCUGACUGAGGAUUGAGCAUUCUUUGAUAGUCUUAAUACAAUACUAAUACAAAUAUUUCAACCAUCUUCCACUUGUAAAGAGAGAUAUGAAAUAUGUUAUAAUGUAUUGAAUGCAUUCAUGAUGUUAGAAAAACAUGUAGGUUUAAAAAAUAAAUAAAAGUCCUAAAUACAGAACCCAUAACCUGAGCUCUUUUGAAAGGUGGACCUUUCUUUGUAAGGUGCAUGAGAUAAUUGUUUGUUCUGUGUAAAUUUAUUACCUUAGAAGUUACCUUUUAUUUAAUAAUAUAUAUAUAUAUAUAUAUUUAAAAUAUUAUUUGUUACUGAAAUUACAAAUAGUUUUGAAUGUUACAAAUCCUUUAUAAAACCCUGAUUUAAUCCUCCUGAAAAAUGAAGUUUACUGUAUCAUUUUGGAAGGAUGAUAAGAAUCAAGUUUUUUUCACUCAAACAUUCUUGAAUUUACUGUAUUUAAUUAUACUGAUAUGUUAAUAGAUUAUACGAAAUAGUAUAUAGACAUUUGAUUUUAAGUGAUUUAUGAGUUUUUUUUGUUUUGCACUUUUUCUGAUAUUCACAUUUAGUCCAAUAAUUUUCUUAGAACUUAAUGCAUGUAAGAAGCCUAAAGCAUGUACUUAAUGCAA